AUGACGAUGAACAAGCCCAACUCAGAGUUCAGAGCUUCAAAGGCCGCCGACUUGCUUCUCUUUCUCUCUGCGCUUCGUCUACUUCGACUGACCGACAGGUUGACUCGAACAAGACUUCAGAACAGCAGCCCCUCCCCUUUGUUACUGUUUAUUAGACCAGUUUUUGGGCUACCAUCUCCUCCUCCGGCCACCCCAAGCGACAACAUGGGUAUCAAAAGAACCAGCACGUUGUCCUUUACUAGCCUCAAAUCUCAGCCGCUGCCAACCGCUGUAUGGAUCGCCGAAAAAGGCAAGAAAUUGGCCGGUUUUUACCUAAAAUCUCCAUCGCUCGUUCGAGCGAUUCCGAGCACCAUUUGCUUCGAUCCAUGUAUGGUUUUUCAACCUCUCGAGUUGUUCUUGCUGCUAGUUGUGUUGGUUAGGAGAAAUUUCUGA